AACCGACAGCCGAAAGCUGAGCGCAACUCGAUGGUGCGCUGCAAUAAAUCGCCCAUCCAAUCAAGAAACGCUGACAGUAUAAAUUUGACCGCUCAGCGAGAUGGCUUUCCCAGGAAAAAUCAAAAAAUCGAAAAAAAUAAGUGAAAAAGUGGAAGUGUUUAGUGAAAAGCCAAAUGUUAAAUUAAAGCGCUGAGAAAAUUGUGAUAAAUUACUAUGUGCAUUUAAUGGUAAUUUUUGCGGUAGUAAUAGCCUGAUAAUAAAGUGCUAUUGAGCCGCUUUGGUGGUGUGAGAAGCUACAAUAAAGGGGUUAGCAAGACGCCACGAAUUAAUGAAAAAUCGAAUGCGACCUGAGUUUUUUAUCCGACGCCAGCUGAGGCAGCGACCUAGGCAGAAUUGUGUGUAGUCGUUGAGAAAGAAUUGUAUUGCGUUGCGAGGUGGUGGAGGUAUGAAUUCCGUGUGGGAGAGCAUUAAAGACGUUGAAAGUGGACUAUUUAGCAAUAUUAUAUAUUGCAUAUAUAUAUGAAUGUAAAGUUUUAUUGAAGUAAAAAGGUUAAAUUAGAACGGAAACCAAAAAAUACUUAGAAAGAGACAAGAAGCGAAUGUGGAACGUCUCUCUCCGUGGAAGCAGCGCAGCAAAAAAAUUCAACGACUGCGCGAAUCAUACAGCUAGUAAAAGCUUGAGAAAGAGCAGCAGCAAGAUUAUAGACAAGAAAAGGAAGCCAUCUGCCGUCAGCACAUAUUUACAUACACCUGUAAAUGAACACUCACAUCCGUCGUACAUUGUAAAGUAAAGUCUGCGCAGAACCAAAGAACAUUCCAUCAGUGGCGAAAGCAAAGCAGAUGCUUUAUGCCGUGUGGAAAUUUGAAAAAUUAGCAGGCACUAACACACACGCGGAUAGAUCGACAUAAAACGUGCAGACUUGGGCUUGGCAGCAAGAGCAAACCAGAAUAAGUUAACGUUGCAGCACAAUGACAUCUCGGUUGGAUCGUCUCUUCAUAUUGCUCGAGUCUGGCUCAUCAGCGGUAACGCGUCGUGCUGCAGCGAAACAAAUUGGGGAAGUGCAGAAAUUAUACCCUCACGAAUUGCAUGCACUACUCAAUCGCUUAAUCGGUUACUUGCACAGCACCUCGUGGGAUACUCGAAUUGCUGCUUCACAAGCCGUCGAGGCGAUAUUGCAAAAUGUACCCGCUUGGAAGCCGGAAUUAUAUGCGGCCAUAAAGCGAGAGUCCAUUAAAAAGGAGAAGGAGGGGGAUAAUGACUCGGCAGUGGCUUCUAUUACGGGUGGUGGCGGUGAGGAAGAUAGUUGUCAGUCGGUGGCCACCAAUGCUACAACAUCCAGCGAGCACAGUAGUAGUCGAGAUGUUCAGCAACAGCAGCAGCGUGAACGUUUGUUAUCGUUUGCGGAAUUCGAUUUGGAGCAAAUAUUGCAUAAAGGCGCACGUCUUAUCGGUUCUGAGGGCAUUGAAUUUGACAUGAAUGAAGCGGAGGUGGUGACGACGUCUUCGACUGGUGGCAGUGCAAAUGCAAACGUCACUGCUGCGGAGCGGUUGAGUCGACAGCGAGCGUUGCUCAAUGAGAAAUUGGGCUUGACGCAGGCAUCCAAGUUAGGUGUGCAUUUAAUGGAUAUGAUAACCGAUGAAGAUGUAAUGUUGACUGGCACCGCUAACACUUACAACGCCAACGAGGAGAAGGUACCCGUUGAGGAUAUACUCAAUAUCAAGCCCAAUUCAAAUCUAAUUCCUUCCAAUGGGCAACAGCUAAGUUGCCGCGAAAUGAAUCGUGCCAAGCGUAAAGCGCGACAAAAUGUGAAUACCACAACGAGCAGCGGUGGUGGUGUCAGUGCGAGCGUCAAUAGUCUGAGUCGUAGCAACAGCAGCACCAGCAGCUCUACUGUAGCCUGCAAAAAUGGCGCCAGUAUGGGCGAUGAACCGGAACGCAAAAAAUUGAAAACAGAUGCGCUGCAGCGGCAGGAAGUUUUCUAUACCUUGAAUGAUCCUGUUCCGGAUGCCACUGGCAUGUGGGUUGAUGCUGUCAAUUGGCCAUUGGAAAAUUUUUGUGCGCGCUUAUAUGUCGAUCUCUUCAAUCCCCGAUGGGAAGUACGCCACGGUGCAGCGACAGCGUUGCGUGAGCUUAUUAAUAAUCACGCCAAUGGUGCUGGCAAAGUAAUUGGUAUGAGCCGUGAAGAGAUGCACCAACAUCAUAAUCUCUGGAUGGAAGAUGCUGCCUUACGACUUUUGUGCGUACUCUGCCUGGAUCGUUUCGGUGACUUCGUAUCCGAUCAGGUGGUGGCACCAGUGCGUGAAACAUGCGCCCAGGUGUUGGGCACAAUCGUCAAGGAAAUGCAUGCAGAGCAAGUGCAUCAGAUUGUCAAGCUGUUGGUAAAAUUGCUGAAGCAAAAGGAAUGGGAGGUGCGCCAUGGCGGCCUCUUGGGCUUGAAGUAUGUUUUUGUGGUACGUGAGGAUCUGUUGCCGGUAUAUGUGCCGCAAACAAUAAAUGACAUAUUGCUGGCUUUGUUCGAUGCGGUGGACGAUGUGGGUGCUGUGGCCGCUUCGACUCUGAUACCAAUUGCUACGUGGCUGCAAAAAUUGUUGAAUCCAGUUCAGGUGUCGUCGAUUGUGAAGAUGCUAUGGGAUCUGCUGCUAGAUCAGGACGAGUUGACGAGCGCAUGCAAUAGCUUCAUGGGACUAUUAGCAGCUAUAUUGUGUUUGCCGAGAGCUGGAUUUUGGAUACAAAUGGAACCAAUGUCUACGCUAGUACCGCGACUCUGGCCUUUCCUCUCGCAUAGCACCAGUUCGGUGCGCAAGUCCACUUUACAGACGCUCAUAACUCUUACCAACUGUAACCUGAAUAAGGAGAAAAUUGAAGACAUGACGCUUGCUGGUCCCACCACAAGCACAAAAUAUAGCACGACCGCCAAUAAUAAUGGGAACGUGGACACUGUGGUAGACCAAGGCACAAUAAAUGCUGCAAGCUCUGCGAUUGGCAUUAAUUUCGAUUCAAAGAAAUUGAACUUGAAUUUAGGCGUCAUCGAUUGGCAGUGGAAACUGCUGCAGGACGCCCUACGCUUUAUUUAUGAACGUAUUCUAGUCGAACCUCAGGCAGAUAUUCAGGAGAUGUCAACUGUAGUAUGGAGAAAUCUUUUGGGCAAUGCCGAUUUGGGAGCGCUGUUGCAUGCGGCUUGUCCGGUCGUGUCGUCGUGGAUAUGUUUAGCCAUGCAGCCUGCACGGCUCGCCUUCGAUUCAUCCAUAUUAAUACACACUUCCACUGUACCGCAUGGCGCAUCAAACUCAUCAGCGGAUGGAAACUCUGCAGUAGCAUCACGUCGACGGUCACAACGCAAUGCUGACGAUUUGGGCGACAAUUCGCUGAGUAGUACAGUUCCCCAAAGAUAUUUCCUAGGAGGCAAUGAGGCAACACCACAGGAUGUGCGUGAGCGAAAUGUGGUGCGUGCGCGUGUAACGGCGGCACGAGUGCUGGGCGCGCUGUCCAAGUAUCUGGUGCAGCCGGCACCAGGUGUGCCAUACACGCCAAAUAUGGAGUCGCCCAUGGAUUGCUAUACAAAAGUGUUGUUGGGGCAUUUAAAUUCACGCUCGGCAGUGCAGCGAAUUGUGUGCGGCCUGAUCAUUGCCUUCUGGGCGCAAAUAGAUCCCUCCAUGCGCUUAGCUGCACCCAAGCUGGCCGAGAAAUUGUGCGCAUGUGCCAUGGAGUAUGUCUACUAUGACGAAGUAGCCGUUUCAUUUACCAGACUGCAUCAGGAGGCGCAUGAUCUCAUUGCUACGUUAAAACAAUACAAAAUAUCCAUAAACGACUUCAACAAUGCGCGCGUUCUCACAUUAGAUCAAAUAGAGGCGAUUGCAACCACUCUAACCGAGGGUCUUAAUCGCUAUGCGCUAAAACCAAAGUUACUCGAAACACUCGAGGAGCGCAGACGUGGCUUGCAGAACUCUUUUGCGCAGACCUCUGCUGAACAAUGCGCCUAUAAUAUAAGUGCACAAGCGGCAUUGGCCGGUGCCAUUGUGUGCAUGCGCUGCCUGCCGGAGAAACUGAAUCCGGUGGUGAAGCCGCUGAUGGAGUCAAUAAAACGAGAGGAGUGUGAGUUGUUGCAGCAACUUUCGGCGGAAUUCCUUGUGCAGCUCAUGCAUCAAGUGUGUGAUAGAAAUCCUAGUCCCAAUAGUAAAAUACUGACAAACUUGUGUACGCUGCUAAAGAGCGAUCCUCAGUUUACGCCGAAAAUUACCAUAAGUCCAUUGACAUUGAAACAGACACGAUUGCCUGAGUCCGCGGCAGUGUCAAACAGUUGCGUUUAUUAUGGCAUUUUGACUCUAAACUUACAACAAAAUAACGCUCAAAUAGGUAGCUCGGUGGGUAGCCGUGGUGGUGGCGGUGCUAGUGCUUCUCGUGGGCCAGGCAGGCCGCCACUGAGUGAAGCGAAUGCGGCAGCAGAAAAUGGCGCCAACGCUGUGAGUGUGGCGGAAUUGAAACAGAACCGUAUUCAGCGCGUGGGUGCUUCCUGUGCCAUAGCGAAGAUUUGUUUAAGCUUCAGCAUGGAAAUAUUUUCCAAGAUACCAGUUUUCGAACAAAUUGUAUUUGCUAAAAUCGAACAUUUCACAAACGCUUAUCCAAAUAUGGAGCUGCUGUCGGCCGUGCCCUUAGAUUUGGCGCAAACGAAUGACUUAAUGACAUCCUUGCAGUUGAUCGAAAUUUCAGCGCCGCAUUUUAUAAACUUUUCUAGCGCAAAUUUACCAAAGGAAGGUGUCUUCAAUCGCCUGUUUGACUUGCUGCCGCAUUUCAGUGUGCUUAUCACCCAUCCAUUAAAGGCGGUCCGUCAUAUGGUUGCGCGCUGUAUUGCCGCACUCGCCACCGCUGACAUAAUGCACACCAUGCACUUUGUGUUGGAUGUACUACUCGGCAUGCUGGCUGAAAUCGACAAUGUGAUAAAACGUCAGGGCGCCAUGGAAUCCAUCGAACGCGUUGUCGACAAGCUGCAAUUGCGCAUUGUACCUUAUAUAGUGCUUCUAGUCGUCCCCUUGUUGGGUUGUAUGAGCGAUCCCGAUGAAUCUGUACGUCUGCUUUCUACGCACUGCUUUGCCACACUAGUCCAACUGAUGCCGUUGGAUUCGCGUAGCAAGUCAAUCAAGAAUGAAAUUCCCUCCGCUGAGCUGCAACAGCGCAAGAUACGCGAUCGCGAUUUUCUGGACUAUCUUUUCACGCCAAAGAGUAUACCCGACUAUAAAGUGCCAGUGCUACUUUCGGUAGAGCUACGCUCGUACCAACAAGCUGGCGUGAAUUGGCUGUGGUUUCUUAAUAAAUAUAAUUUGCACGGCAUACUUUGCGAUGACAUGGGUUUGGGUAAGACUCUGCAGACUAUUUGCAUACUAGCUGGCGAUCACCACAAACGGGCUAUGGAAAAAUCCACAUCACUGCCAAGUCUGGUGAUUUGCCCACCUACGCUCACAGGCCAUUGGGUAUAUGAAGUGGAAAAAUUCCUCGAGAAAUCACAAGUUUUGCGUCCAUUACAUUACGUCGGUUUACCAAUUGGGCGCGAAAAAUUACGUGGCCAAAUUGGUCCAUGUAAUUUGGUUGUGGCCUCAUAUGACACGAUACGGAAGGAUAUCGAUUUCUUCAGCAUGAUUCACUGGAACUAUUGCGUACUGGAUGAAGGUCACAUCAUAAAAAACGGCAAAACAAAAAGCUCGAAAGCCAUCAAGAUGCUCAAAGCUAAACAUCGGCUGAUACUCUCUGGCACGCCCAUUCAAAAUAACGUAUUGGAGCUGUGGUCACUAUUCGACUUUUUGAUGCCCGGUUUUCUCGGCACUGAAAAGCAAUUUAUUGCUCGCUACAGUCGCCCUAUAUUAGCCUCACGCGAUUCAAAGAGCUCGUCAAAAGAACAGGAGGCUGGGGUUUUGGCAAUGGAGGCUUUGCAUCGGCAAGUAUUGCCAUUCCUGCUGCGUCGCGUCAAGGAAGAUGUAUUGACCGAUUUACCACCGAAAAUCACACAAGAUUUGCUGUGCGAGUUAAGCCCGCUGCAAGAGCGUUUAUACGAAGACUUUAGUCGCACACAUUUGCAUUCACAUUGGAAGGAUUGCUUGGAGAGCAUAGCUGAUAGUGACAGCAUUAGUAAAAAGGCACACAUUUUCCAUGAUUUGCGUUACCUACAGAACGUUUGCAAUCACCCGAAAUUGGUGCUAACGCCAAAGCAUUCGGAAUACUCAAAGAUUACCCAGGAAUUGCAGCAACAACAGAGUUCACUGGACGAUAUAGAGCAUUCGGCUAAGUUGCCAGCACUGAAACAACUGCUACUCGACUGCGGCAUUGGCGUCCAAACUGAAUCGGUCAGUCAACAUCGCGCUCUAAUUUUCUGUCAAUUAAAAGCUAUGCUGAACAUAGUGGAACAUGAUUUGUUGCGCAAGCAUUUGCCAACCGUAUCGUAUUUGCGUUUAGAUGGCAGCGUGGCGGCAUCGCUGCGCCAGGAUAUUGUGAAUAACUUUAAUACCGAUCCAAGCAUUGAUGUGCUGCUACUUACGACACAGGUUGGUGGUCUCGGUUUGAAUUUAACUGGCGCUGAUACAGUAAUAUUUGUGGAGCAUGACUGGAAUCCAAUGAAGGAUCUUCAAGCCAUGGACCGUGCACAUCGCAUCGGCCAGAAAAAAGUUGUCAAUGUAUACCGGUUGAUUACACAAAAAACGCUCGAAGAAAAAAUUAUGGGAUUGCAAAAAUUCAAAAUACUCACCGCCAAUACCGUUGUUAGUUCGGAAAACGCCUCAAUGGACACAAUGGGUACGGGACAACUAUUCGACUUGUUCAAUGCAAAUGGCAACGAUAAACAGGGCGCAAACGGUGUGCCAGCAGCGCAUGGUUGCAGUGGUGGAUCCAUGUCAAUGAAUGCGAUCAUCGAAAAUUUGCCAGAGCUGUGGUCGGAGCAGCAGUACGAUGAGGAGUACGAUGUGACGAAUUUCGUGCAAGGUUUAAAGAAGUAGGCAGCAGGCACAGAAUAGUUGUGAGCAAAAACGGCGUGUCAUGUUUUUUGUAGACGUAAGGUAUUCUUCUAAAAGAUUCAAGUCAAGUAGAAAACAAUGCGUAAAAAAUCAAUAAUCGAAAUGCACGGAUUCCAUAUGUGACGCUUCCAGCCAUCGACGUAGAGCAACAGCGCUAUUUUGUACUGACACUGGCAUUUGAAAUCACAACAAACUCAAAGACUUUCUGAUUUUUUAGUGUUACCAUAUCAAAUACUUUGAAAAAUUUAGUUUAACGCUACUUUAGCUUUGAAAUAUGCACUUUUUAAUUUAUUUUGAAAAGAGAUGAAGAGUAUGUGAACGACGCCCAUACCAUUUAUACUAUACCUGUGUAUAUGUAUUUCCUAAGUUUUACUGUUCCAUUUUAAAUAUAAUUUGUAAACGUUUUCCAUUCUCUUCUAGUUUCCUUUUUAUACUGUGUGACAAACCGUGCACGCUACGUUUGUAGUUUGCAGGGACAUUAAAUGAUUUCAUCAAUAAAUUUCAAAAUAAUAAAAAUUAA